UGGGUUUAGGUGGACAGCUCUAUGUUUCAAGCACAGAAAGAGAAUGGCCAAGAUAUUGUGCAUUUUGUCUGCAAUAGUUUUUGUCGUGAAAACUGACGAUGUCAGCGAAUUUAAUGCAACGAUUACAGCCGUGAACAUUACAUUGAACUCUACUGUUAACAGAACGAUAGCUUUUAAGACGCCCGUGUUGUCAUUCUCCACCACCACCACAGCCAAUAAAACAGUUUUGGGAAAGAAAAAUWUGCGAAAGAAAAAUGUAGAUGACAAGCGCAUCGAUCAAGACGAGGAUGGAAAACAUGAAACCAAGAAUGGUACAGCAGACGCAAAGAAAGAACCGGACUGUCCCCCGCUGGGUCUGAAGUCACUGAGGGUUGAUGACAGCCAGUUCCAUGCUUCGUCCUACCUGCGGAUGGGACUUGGCCCUCACAGGGCAAGACUUAAUAUACAGUCAGGUAUCGAGGACGGAGACAUGUAUGAUGGCGCGUGGUGUGCUAAGUAUGAGGACAAGUACCAGUGGCUGCAGGUGGAUGCUCUGCGCCCCACGCUGUUCACAGGAGUCAUCCUGCAGGGACGUAACUCCAUCUGGAGCUGGGACUGGGUUGAAACCUACAAAGUGCAGCUGAGUAACGACUCCGAGACCUGGAAGACCUGCAUGAACGGAACAGAGGAGGCGGUGUUUGUUGGAUCCCGAAAUGAACCUGAGACACCCUAUCUGGCCCUCUUCCCUCAGCCCGCGGUGGCUCGUUGGAUCCGUAUCAACCCCCAGACCUGGUACUGGAACGGGACAAUCUGUCUCAGAGCAGAGGUCCUGGGAUGUCCCCUCCCAGAUCCAGACAACGUUUGGCAAAACCUCUCUGAAAAACUGUCUGGCUCUAAAGAUAACCUGGACUUCAGACACCACAACUACAAGGAGAUGAGGAAGGUGAGCCAGAGUUCCGCUAUGUGGCAGGUAUGCAUGGCAACGAGGUGGUUGGCAGAGAGCUGGUGCUGAACCUCAUGCAGUACAUCUGUCGGGAGUUUAGACGAGGCAACCCACGCAUCGUCCGUCUGGUGACCACCACACGUAUCCACCUACUGCCGUCUAUGAACCCUGAUGGAUAUGAAACAGCCUUUGAAAAGGGGUCAGAGCUGGCAGGUUGGGCUCUGGGGCGUUACAGCUACGAGUGGGUCGAUAUGAACCACAACUUCCCCGACCUGAACAAUAUCAUGUGGGACGCCAAGGAGAAUGACACAGAGAUGGUUAAAACAGCCAACCACUACAUCCCCAUACCAGAGUACUACACUAAAGAGGAUGCCUUCGUGACCCCAGAGACACGUGCGGUCAUCAGCUGGAUGCAGGACAUCCCCUUCGUCCUGAGUGCCAACCUCCACGGGGGAGAACUGGUGGUUACCUACCCCUUCGACUGCACCCGGGACUGGGCCCCUCAGGAAAACACCCCUACGGCUGAUGAUAGUUUCUUCCGCUGGCUGGCCACGGUCUACGCCUCCACCAACCUGGUCAUGGCCAACCCUGAUAGGAGGCUCUGCCACUCUGAAGACUUCCAACAGCACAACAACGUCAUUAACGGAGGAGCCUGGCACACCGUCCCUGGGAGUAUGAAUGACUUCAGCUACAUGCACACGAACUGCUUCGAGGUGACGGUGGAGCUGUCGUGUGACAAGUUUCCUCACGCCAGCGAGCUUCCUACCGAGUGGGAGAACAACAAGGAGUCUCUGCUGGUCUACAUGGAGCAGGUUCACAGAGGCAUCAAGGGAGUGGUGAGAGACAAGAUGACAAAGAAAGGCAUUGCAGACGCCAUUGUGAAAGUGGAAGACCUGGACCAUGACAUACGAUCAGCGGCUGAUGGGGACUACUGGCGCCUGUUAAACCCCGGGGAAUACAAAGUGAUUGUGUGGGCGGAGGGAUACUUUCCCUCCAUGAGGCGAUGCAGCGUCGGGACCGAAGCACGCCCCACCGUCUGUGACUUCAUCUUGAUCAAGACGCCACGGCAGAGGAUGAACGAGAUCCUAGCUAAAGGGGGGAGGUUACCCCAGGAUCUGCAACUGAAGCUGAGAGCACUGAGGCUCCGGAAACUAAGAGUCUCCACCAAGGCCAUCAACCAGCGGAGGGAGCACAGCCGCAAGGCCAGGGGAACACGGUUCGCUAGGGCACCACGCCCUCUCACACCCCUGGCCUGAGAGACAGGGGACAGACUGCGUCUCUAAUGACACCCUAUUCCCCGCAUGGCUCUGGUCAAAAGAAGUGCACUAUAAAAAGGGGAAUAGGGUGUCGUUUGGGACUCACCUUGAGGCUUUGAAACGACRGGCUGUUUUGAGAUGGGACUAUUGUAGUCAGCGACUACAGACGGACUGAAAUACAAAAUGUCAAUGAGAAGUCAUAUUUAGGAAGGUGAUUUGUAAAUCCGACUGCGACGUAGUCGAUCUGAAACAAGACGCAGAGGAUUUUAACACAAGUCUGUAUUCCCAGUGAAUGUUGUGAUUUCAGAUUUGAAUAUGAGGGGGGGACUGGCCACCCCUCAUAGCCUGGUUCCUCUCUAGGUUUCUUCCCAGGUUUUGGCCUGUCUAGGGAGUUUUU